GGACACCGUCUUUCCCAUGCCCAUGCCUAUGCCUCUCGCUUACACUAGCACCCACCCCAAGUCACCGACCGUCAAUUCUCUAAUAGACUCUCUGCCAUUAACAACCCCCAUUUACUUAAAUUUCAUUGCUUUUUGGUUUCUCUGUCUUCAUUUCUUAUUUUUUCAGAAACGUUCGAUUUGGAUUGGAUGUUUCAGACUCAAGAUUUUUAUCCCACGAGAGGUUGAAGUUUUAGUUGUCACUUUUUCCAAAGUUCUUUGGGGUUGGUUAAGAAAAAUCUAUAUUGGUUUUGGGCAUGAAAAUAGAAUGCCGGAUCUGAGAAGUGGAGUUCGGCGAUCAAAGAGAGUUAAUAAUGUGCAGGAGAAUCCUGCUGUUAUAGUUCCACCUACUCGCCCUGGUGUUGCAAAAGGGCCAACUGGUAGAGGUAGAGGAAGAGGGACCAGAGCUAUGAAUCAAGGUAAGAAUGCCAAGCCAAUUGGUGCUGGAGUUGGUGGACAGGGACACACAGGAUUGGACUUGCCAAUCGGAAAGUUGGUUGCUGUUCGUGAUGAAUUGGUUGCUCAGAAAAGUGCAGAAAAGUUGGCUGCUGCUGAGGAUGAGGGAAGCACAAGUCCACUUCCUGAAAGAAUACAGAUUGGCAACUCCCCAGUGUAUAAGUUGGAGCGGAAGCUGGGAAAAGGAGGUUUUGGACAAGUAUAUGUUGGAAGAAGGCUGACUGGAGGCAGCGGUUGCUCUGGGCCUGAUGCCUUUGAGGUUGCUUUGAAGUUUGAGCAUCGAAACAGUAAAGGUUGUAGUUAUGGGCCUCCUUAUGAGUGGCAAGUUUACAGCACUCUCAAUGGCUGUUAUGGACUUCCCUUUGUUCAUUACAAAGGUCAACAAGGAGACUACUAUAUCCUAGUCAUGGAUGUUCUAGGCCCAAGUUUAUGGGAUCUUUGGAACACUAGCAACCAGAUGCUAUCUGAAGAGAUGGUUGCUUGUAUAGCAGUGGAGGCAAUAUCCAUUUUAGAGCAGCUUCACUGUAGAGGCUUUGUGCAUGGAGAUGUUAAGCCAGAGAACUUUUUGCUUGGUCGACCUGGAACAUCUAAUGAGAAAAAGUUGUAUCUUAUAGAUCUUGGUUUGGCUUCAAGAUGGAAAGAUGCAUCAUCUGGUAGUCAUGUUGAUUAUGACCAAAAGCCUGAUGUUUUUAGGGGAACUGUUCGCUAUGCAAGUGUCCAUGCUCAUUUAGGCAGGACAGGGAGCCGGAGAGAUGACCUUGAGUCUCUUGCUUAUACUUUAAUAUUUCUUCUUAGAGGAAAACUUCCCUGGCAAGGUUACAUUGGAGAGAAUAAAGGUUUUCUUGUUUGCAAGAAGAAGAUGACAACUUCUCCUGAAAUGUUAUGCUGCUUGUGUCCUCCUCCUUUUCAACAAUUUUUUGAGAUGGUGACAAACAUGAGAUUUGAUGAAGAACCAAAUUAUUCCAAACUUAUUUCACUUUUUGAUGGCAGCAUUGGUCCCAAUGCAUCAUUGCGGCCAAUCAGAAUUGAUGGAGCUGCAAAGGUGGGUCAAAAAAGGGAAAGAAUCCUCGCAAAUUUAGAGGAUGGAGUGCCACUUAAGAAGAAAGUUCGAUUGGGUACUCCUGCUACUCAGUGGAUCUCGGUCUAUAAUUCCAGAUCAUCAAUGAAGCAGAGGUAUCACUACAACGUAAAUGAUUCAAGACUUCACCAACAUGUGGAUAAAGGGAGGGAAGAUGGUUUGUACAUUAGCUGUGUAGCUUCAUCUGUGAAUAUGUGGGCCAUCAUUAUGGAUGCUGGGACAGGUUUCUCAUCCCAAGUUUAUGAAUUAUCAAACUCUUUCUUGCACAAGGAGUGGAUAAUGGAACAGUGGGACAAGAAUUACUAUAUCACUUCUGUUGCUGGUGCAUGCAAUGGCAGUGCCUUGGUGGUAAUGUCCAAAGGUGUACCUUAUACCCAGCAGUCAUACAAAGUCAGUGAUGUAUUUCCAUUCAAAUGGAUCAACAAAAAGUGGAAAGAAGGCUUCUUUGUUACCUCCAUGACCACUCAAGGUACCAAAUGGGGUAUUGUCAUGUCCCGAAAUGCAGGUUAUUCAAAUCAGGUUGUUGAACUCGACUUCCUCUAUCCAAGUGAAGGGAUCCAUAGAAGAUGGGAAAAUGGAUACCGAAUUACCUCAAUUGCUGCUACAGCAGAUCAAGCUGCAUUCAUUCUUAGUGCACCUAAGAGGAAAUCGACAGAUGUGGCACAAGAAACUCUCCGAACAUCUGCAUUUCCAGCCUCCCACGUUAAGGAGAAAUGGUCAAAGAAUCUGUACAUAGCAUCCAUCUGCUACGGGAGAACAGUGUCUUGAAAUGUAGGUUCUGAAGAAAAAAAAAUACACUUAGAGCUUAAAGGCAGGUCAGUGGAUUACCUGACUCUACCUGUUACCUGGCUUUCUGGGUAAUUCAGGUUGUUUUCGAGAUGCACAGAGAACGUGUUUUCCUUCACGCAUGGAUUGCCGUGUUGCAGGGGAUGUAAAAUACAGGGAGCUAAGUGUAUCAGGAUCAUCUUUUCCGUGCUAAAAUAUCUGCUGUUCGAAACCAAAAAUGUUUGUACAGUUGUUUGGAGGUGGGCUUUGAAUCCUAUAUUGGUUUGAGGGAUGCAAAUCUCCAGUUUGAAGAAAAUCAUAAGUUUUUAAGUGGCAGUUGGGAGUUUGAAACAUUAUUAUUAUAGGGAGGAGCGCGACAAAAUUUUCUGGGUGCAAAAAGUGACAUCCCAAAAUAUUGUUUUUUUUUUUUUAUGUGGCUGUUGUAAUACUUAAGGUUGCUAUUGUUGUAGAAACUGUAUUUAAAUGGUAAUGAAAAAUCUAUUUGUAACCA